AUGUCAGCAGUUUAUAACUUUUUAAUAGGCGGUGGGUUGAAUUACACUGGAAAGAUAGCAUGCAAUAGCGGAGAGACAUGUGUCUUCGCGAAUGAUUAUUGGUACCAGUGCCAGACUGCACUCAUUCCUACAUGCACUACAUCAUUUGCCCCUAUCACUGCAUCCGAUGCAUUUGCUGCAUUGACUCCAGGCAUACGAGUUCUCGUUACUUGGUUUGGGCACAUCUCUGUCGAUUCCUCGCCAUGGACUAUCGACAGUACAUGGCUGGACCGAGUUGAGGCUGUUGUUGACCAAGUCCUUGAUCGAGGCUUCUACGCUAUAAUUAAUGUCCACCACGACUCUCAGUUAUGGGCUAACUUGGCAACCUCGGGCGCAAACCACACCCUCAUUGAGGAGAAGUUCAAGUCAAUUUGGACGCAGGUUGGUGUGAAACUAGGAUGCAAGUCAUCAAAGCUCCUUUUCGAAUCAAUCAACGAGCCCGCCGGAUCAACUGAGUCGGAGGCAGUGGAGCUUAACGCACUGAACGAUAUUUUUUUGGAUGCCAUCAACAUUGCUGGUGGUUUUAACCCGCAGCGGACCCAUUUGUUUUUCGGUGAUUGGGGCACCACGAUUUGGGGUUCCGACGAUGAUAAAGCUGCCCUUGAUUUGGACUUCUCCCUCUUUCAUGACAACUUCACAAGCAUCCCGACCUUCAUUGGCGAGUGGGAUGCAACACCUGCCGCCGACCUCCUGGAUUGCUCGACUCAUACCUGGUAUGACGAAACCGUAAUUGAUAUUCUUAUAAACGCAGCUGCCGAUACGGUCAAUUCUCUUCCAGAAUCAACUACCGAUCUAAGUGCCACUUCGCAAUCCGGCUCCGCAUACUUGUUUCACGCCAUUGGAGCUCCGGUUACUGACCAGUCCGUAUCAUACAUUCUAAAUGGUAAUACCCUUGCUUCGAUUAAAAAUUCGGCUGGCACCAGCUUAACAACUAGCCAGUUCACUUUCUCCUCUGGCGGUGUACUGACUCUCUCGAUGGCUUACCUAUCACCUUUCUACGACGCCAGUAGUACUGCUGGAAUUAAGGAUACGUUAACGUUGCAGUUUAGCAAGGGCGCAGAUUUGAGUUUGCAAAUCGUCCAAUAUGGUACGCCAACAAUCGGUGCUACCUCGUAUACUGCCCAAGCUACGGACAUGGAAAUUCCGAUUUCAUACGCGGGGCUUGCAAAGGGAGCCACAGUACGAGCCGUGUUGGCAGACGGUACUUAUCUUACAAACGCUUGGACAACCUCAUCAGGACCAUUGCAACAGGGACGCUGGACCCAGGGGAACUAUGGCUUUGAUUCCUCUAAUUUUAUUAUCUAUGAUUCUGGAGGGCAGCAGAUUAUCGCUGCGGGGCAACCAGUCAGCUUGAUGCUGGAAUUCUAUCCGCGGAGCGUGGGUGAAAAUGUCGUCAACAUCACGGUUCAUUCAUAA